AUGCCCCGCCUGUUCACGUGCGCCGACAUCGGGGCCGUCUUCUCGUCUGCGAAGAUCGAGGCCGUGAACGAGGCUCUGAAGUGCCGCGAUGUUGCUGGGGCUGGCACUGGGCUGCAGAAAGCGCCAGCGGUGACCAUCCCGCAGUUGCAGGCAGCGCUGAAAGCCACCAAGGCUUCCGUAUCGGAGGAGGACGAGAGACGUUAUGCCAAGGUGUUUGCGCCGUACAUGCCCGGCCCAGAUCAGAGCGCGUUGCAGCGCAACGGCUCGGAGGCUCAGGCGGGCGUCAAGGUCGCUCCUCGUCCGCGGGCCGCCCCCAGCCGGCUGCCGCGGGCGCCGUGCGGCCCGGGCGGCCUGCAGCAGCGGUUGCCGCAGCGCUCCACUGGGCAGAGCGGCGCGCCCGCACAAAGGAGGCCGCGAUCCAAGUCCAUUGGGCACUACGUCCUCCAGAAGACCAUUGGCGAGGGCACCUUUGGCAAGGUGAAGUUGGGCACGCACAUCCUGACGGGCGAGCGAGUGGCCGUCAAGGUGCUCGAGAAGGAGCGAAUAGUGGAGAUCGCAGACGUCGAGCGCGUCGCCCGAGAGCUUCACAUACUGAAGCUGAUCAGGUGUUGCCGGCACAUCAUCCAGUUGUAUGAGAUAAUCGAGACGCCUGGGCAGCUCUACUUGAUCAUGGAGUACGCGCCAGGCGGCGAGCUCUUCGACUACAUAGUGCAGCACUCGCGGGCUAGCGAGGCCGAGGCGUGCAGCUUCCUGCACCAGAUCUUGGCGGGCGUGGACCGGGUGCACUCCUUCAAUGUUGUGCACCGUGACCUGAAGCCGGAGAACAUCUUGCUGGACCACCGUAAGGAUGUGAAGAUCGUGGACUUUGGCUUGAGUAACACGUUCAAGGACGGGCAGCUGCUCCAGACCGCCUGCGGUUCCCCGUGCUACGCCGCGCCGGAGAUGAUCGCUGGGAACAAAUAUCCCUGGUGGGGGCUGGCGGACCAUCCGCCUCCGGUCGACGUCUGGAGCUGCGGGGUCACCCUCUUCGCGUUGGUGUGCGGUUACCUGCCGUUCGAGGCGCCUGGGGAUCAGAACCACGCCGAACUGUACAGGAAGAUCCUGAACGCAGAGUACGAGAAGCCGAGCUUCCUGAGCCCGGGGGUGUCUGACCUGAUCACUGGCAUAUCCCACUUGGCUACGGACCCGGAGAAGCGCCUGACGAUCGCGGACAUCCGGCAACACCCGUGGUACAAGGAGAUCCCGGAGGCGUCGCUGGUCGACCGCGAGGAUGGCAUGCUGGACGAGGAUGUGCUCCAGCUGCUGGACAAUUAUGGCUUCUCCAGAGAUUCCACUGUGAAGGGCUUGUCCACAAACAAGCACAAUCACAUGACCACGACGUAUCGGCUCAUCAAGGAGAGGAGGCUGCGCGAGCAGGCGGAUACAGAGGGCGCACUUGCGGCCGGGGGCUUCGGCCUGGCCGAGCUUGAGGCCUGCGCCGCCGACGACCCGCCGCCGAGCGGCGCCGGGACAGGCGCCGUGGCCCCGCCCGCGGAGGGCGGCGACGCCCCGUCACGGCGGCGCGGCCGCAGGGCGCCACGCGGCGACUCGGGGCGCGUGCCGCCGCUGUCGGCGCGCCUGCCGCCGCAAGCCAGCCCUCCAAAGGGAGCUGGCCGUGGCCAGGGGCGGCCGGCGUCGGCACGCGGACCCGCGCGGGGCACUGGCGCGGCGGGCGCUGGGGCCAGCGUGGUGCAGGUGCCUUGCGGCUUCAGGCAGUCCCCGCAGCGCGUGGUGCAGGAGGUUGUCCGGGCGCUCCGGGCGCGAGGCGUCGGCUACCGGCAAGUUACCGCCUCCCUAUUCGAGUGCGCUUGUGACGGCGUCCGCUUCUCGGCGGAGGUGGGGCGCCAGGACGUCGACGGGGGCACGACUUUCCGCCUGUUGCUGGCUUCGGGGGGCCGCCCGCAGUUCGAGGAGGUCUGUUCGGGGCUGUUGGAAGCGAUGCACCUCUGA